AUGGAAGAAGGAAAUGUUACAUCAAUCAAUGAAUUCAUUCUUCUGGGAUUCCCUGAACUCCAUGGCAUGAGGAUGCCAUUUGUUGGGAUUGUCCUUCUGAUGUACCUUCUCUCCAUUUCAGGCAAUUGCCUCAUCAUUACCGUGGUCUUCAUAGAACACAAGCUCCAUACACCCAUGUAUUUCUUCCUCAGCAAUUUUUCCUUGGCUGAGCUCUGCAGUAGCACAACCGUGAUUCCGAAGAUGCUAACCAACAUGGUCUUGGACCAAAACACCAUUUGCUACACGUGUUGCAUGACUCAGACUUUUAUGGUCUUCUCGAUGGGAGCCAUUCAGUUCAUUAACCUCACCGUCAUGUCCUUUGACCGCUACACAGCCAUCUGCCAACCUUUUAAGUACAAUAUCAAGAUGACUAACACACUCUCCUUCCACCUAUCAUUGAUGGCUUGGGUUGUAGGGUUUACAGUUAUAUUUUUUCAACUCAUAGUUGUAUGGACUACUUACCCAUUCUGUGGUAAUGUCAUCGAUCACUUCUUUUGCGAUAUUGGACCUGUUUUGAAAUUGGCUUGUGCUGAUACAACUGUGUGGGAGCUUGCGAGUUUGUUUUAUAGUGUCAUUAUUAUGUGUGGCUCAUUUUUCUUCUCAGUGGGCUCUUAUGCAUGCAUUCUAAAGACCAUUGUUCAGAUUCCAUCUGUCACCGGGCGGUCCAAGGCAUUUUCCACUUGUUCCUCUCAUCUCACUAUUGUGGGCAUCUUCUAUGGGGCAGCGUUUUUCAUGUACCUGAGGCCUUCGACCCAAGGUGACACCCGAAUCAACAAAGUCAUAUUCAUGGUGAUCUGUGUUGUUUUGCCAACCCUAAGCCCUUUCAUCUUCACAAUACGAAACAAUGACUUCAAAACUGCUGCGAAAAAGGCAAUGGGCAGAAUUUGCUAG